AUGAAUAAAUUAAUAAAAUAUUUUUUAAGAAAUAUGCAAAUCUUCGUAAAGACCCUUACUGGUAAGACCAUUACCCUCGAUGUCGAGCAAAGCGACACUAUUGACAAUGUCAAGACUAAGAUUCAGGAUAAGGAAGGUAUCCCACCAGACCAGCAAAGACUCAUCUUCGCUGGAAAGCAACUUGAGGACGGAAGAACUCUCUCAGAUUAUAACAUCCAGAAGGAAUCUACCCUUCACUUGGUCCUCAGACUCAGAGGAGGAAUGCAGAUCUUCGUUAAGACCUUGACUGGAAAGACCAUCACCCUCGACGUUGAACAAUCAGACACCAUUGACAACGUUAAGACUAAGAUCCAGGACAAGGAAGGAAUUCCUCCAGACCAGCAGAGACUCAUUUUCGCUGGAAAGCAACUCGAAGAUGGAAGAACCCUCUCUGACUACAACAUUCAGAAGGAAUCCACUCUCCAUUUGGUCCUCAGACUCAGAGGAGGAAUGCAGAUCUUCGUCAAGACUUUGACCGGAAAGACCAUCACUCUUGAUGUUGAACAAUCCGAUACUAUUGACAACGUAAAGACCAAGAUCCAAGAUAAGGAAGGUAUUCCUCCAGAUCAGCAAAGAUUGAUCUUCGCUGGAAAGCAAUUGGAAGACGGAAGAACUCUCUCUGACUACAACAUCCAAAAGGAAUCAACCCUCCACUUGGUCCUCAGAUUGAGAGGUGGAUUCUAAGCUAAAAUUUCUCUAAAAUAAGUUAAACCAAACUACUUCU